UCUGUUGAAGAUAAUAACAACUAUUCCUGUGCUGUUACAGGAUAUGAAGAUUACCGCUCUCCUCCAGUGUUCCUCUGACUCUGGACAGUAUUAUUGUACAGCUGAGAAUGAGCUGGGGAGGACAUCUAGAUCCUUCUCUAUUGAUGUGAAAUAUGGUCCGCAGAAUACCUCUGUGUCAGUGAGUCCCUCUGCUGAAAUCCUGGAGGGCAGUUCAGUGAAUCUGACCUGUAGCAGUGAUGCUAACCCAGCAGCUAACUACACCUGGUACAAGGAGAAUGAAGACUCACCAAAAGCAUCAGGACAGAUCUUCACCAUCACUGACUUCAGAGCUGAACACAGUGGGAAUUAUUACUGUGAAGCCCAGAACAAAAGAGGACGUCAGAAAUCCACCUUACAUCUCAUUGUUGUAGCAGGUUCAAUGAAAUCAGUAGCUGCUGGAUCCAUCACUGCUAUUUUCCUGGCUAUCAUAUUCCUCUGUGUCUUCCUAUUUAUUAGAAGAAAGAGGUCCUGGAAACGAAACAGCGAGCCUGGAGAGAGACCAGACAACCAAGCUCAGGGUUCAGUGUAUGACAGUCCUUCAGCUCCAGUCCAGAGAACUCCAGCAGAGCCACACGAAGACAAUUGCUAUGCCAGCGUUAGCUUCUCUAAAAACCAGGAAGAUGCUCUCUACUCCAACAUCAGGCUAGCUCAGCCCCACAGACACAAGAAGGAAGAGGAGGACGAGGAUGUGACGUACAGUGCUGUCAACUUUAAGAGUUCCAGUGCUACUACAGAAUCAGGAAAUCAAAAGGCUGCGGAGGAUUUAUCUGAACUGUACAGCACAGUCAGCAAACACCCAAGAGUUUGAACACAACACAGAUCUGAGGUCUCUUUAAAGGGCAGGGUUGGUAAUGUUGAAAAACUAGCAAGAUUUGAAGGAAGCAUCUCCUCGGUGCUCCGUCUAACCCCUCCCCCUGCCCUCUGGGCUCCCCCCCACACACAGACGUGCACCCUUCCUCGCUACUUUAGAGCGUGUUCAAGCAGGUUGAACACACAUUUAUGAGUAUUAGGAUUAAGUUGAUAUACUGUAUUUCAUGCAUUUUAUGACAUAUUGCACAGAGCACCAUUGAUUAUCUAAUCAGGAAAUAGCCCAUAACAAUGUGUAUUCCAAGUCACGAAGACAGUGGAGGAGAUAAGGAAGACAUAAUGAAGGGGUUCCUGUUUCACUCUUACUGGAGUAAAGACAGACCUUCCUGCUUUCCUGGGAUUCAAGGAGUAAACGCCCAGGCAUGCUGAGGACACAGAGGAAGGACUACACCCAGAGAGAAUAAAAAGGAGUGGAACUUUGUAACUAUUGCCCAUAACUGGGAGACACAAGGAGGGGUCAGUUGUGUAGCCCACAUGUAGGCCUGCAUGUGUAUUAGUAUAUAUUUAUUUAUAUCUUGUCUUGUCUAGUUUUGCUAGUUUUGCUUCCUGUGUUUUCCCACCUGUCUGAUUGUUCUGCACCACCCUGAUGUGUUUCACCUGUUGUAUCUCCUGUCCCUUUUUUCAUCAUUAGAGACUGUUCGUUAUUUAUUUAAGGGGCCAUCAGAGGAGUUCUGGGAUCUUUAGUCAUAAUAGACCUGACACUCUCCUUGCCAGAAAUCAUUUUUCUAUGACCCUCCAAAAUGAUUUGGAAAAAAGGCAUGACCCUCCCCAACAAUUUAUCAAUGCCUUCUGUAAUGGUUUGCACUUGGCAGAUAUAUACAUAUACCAUUGUUCUUUUACAGCCAUGACUUAUGUGAUUAAACCUCUGCAUUCUCA